UCCACUUCGUGAACAACACAACAAGCACUGUAUUUACCAGUCUGCCUUCAGACCACCACCCGUGAGGAGCACGGAUACUAACUGGAUUCUAUUUUGAACUUUCAAAUAAUUUUGAAAGGACUUUAAAUUUAGUAUAUGACUUCCUUUCUUUUGGAUUAAUUUGGCUUGAGUUUGAUUAGUAUUUUUUGGAGUCAGCAUCUUGGACCACAGGCCUUAACACUUGGACAUUGUUAUUCACUUCUGGACUGGAUUUGAAUCCUGUGUGAAUGCUGAAGUUGGUGAGUGACCCUCAGAAAAGCGGAGGUGAGGUGGUAACGAUGUGGAUCCCGACCCCCAGCAUGACUCUCCCUCAGCGGAUGGUGCUGUAUGGGACAUGUGUGGUGGCGUUGAUGAACUCUGUGGGCCUCUUGGUGCUUUUGGUCCAGCAGAAUCAGCAACGCGCCCUGCUGCAGCAGGCAGAGGUAAAGCUGAUGGAGGUGGAGCAGAGCUCCGUGGUGGAGUUCCUCCAGGAGGUGCCAAAAGGAGCAGCAGGUUUGCGGUCCAGGGCGGGGGAACAUCCGAAAUAUCAGUACCAGUUUUCCAGGAAUAAGAGAAGUGAAGAGCUGGAAAAGGAGCUACAGCAUGAGAUGCAGGAGCUUCACCAGGUGGAGGGUCAGGAGGUCAGCCAGGAGGUCAGCCAGGAGGUGGGAGAGGAAGCAGAGAAGAAGAUGAAGAGCGAAAUGAAGCACAAGCAUCGACAGAGUUACCCCAAGGCACACCCUCAGGAUGACAUGAUGAUGAUGAUGACCUACUCCAUGGUCCCGAUCAAAUUGUUGAUUGACAUUUGCAACAGCACCAAGGGAGUCUGCAUUGCUGGACCACCAGGACCGCCUGGUUUACCCGGUGCGGACGGUAUGCAUGGCUACAAUGGGACUGAUGGCAUUCCUGGACUGAAUGGACAGCCCGGGGCUGAUGGGAAAAGAGGAAAAAAAGGUGAGAAAGGAGAACCUGGAGAGGAAGGGGAGCGAGGAGAGGCCGGGCCGCCUGGAGAGAAGGGACAACCAUCGAAUGACGUCAUUAUUGAGGGUCCCCCUGGCCCUCCAGGUCCUCCCGGCCCCCCAGGACCUCCUGGCCCUCAGGGGCCUCCAAGAACAAGGCACCACAGAGCCAACCUUCAGGCUGCUCAUUCUCUGGGGCUGUUACACGCAGUUCCAAAUGAUGGAACCUCCUCUGUGAAUGGUUUGAAACUACAUGAGAAGCCAGCUAAGAAGAACGAGUGCUUGAUCAAGUCCCUGAUCAACCCAAGGAAUGUGUCAAAGAUGGAGAGCACUUUUGGCACGUAUAUGAAAGACACCGCUGAGCUAAACGAUGAGCGAAUUUGGGUGGCAGAACACUUUUCUGGUCGUCUGGUAAAGGAGUAUAAAAGCAUCGCCUCCUUCCAGAACAGCAGCAGCGACAUUGUGGAUGUUAAAAAAUUCUACCAAGGCUGCGGCCACACUGUUCACAACGGGUCCUUCUAUUAUCACAUCGCUGGUACUUCCAGCAUUGCCAGGUUUGACUUUCACAACAAGAGGCUUCACACUCUCACUAUAGAAAACGCUUUGUACCACAACCUCGCCUACCUGCUCCAAAACUCCAAGACCUAUUUCAAACUGGCAGCCGAUGAGAACGGCUUGUGGCUGAUCUUUGCCUCCAGUGUGGAUGAGAGCAUCACAGUGGCCCAGCUGGACCAGAAGACCUUCUCCGUCACAUCCUACAUAAACACCACCUACCCGCGCACCAAGGCCGGCAACGCCUUCAUUGCCUGUGGCAUCCUGUAUGUCACAGACACCAAGGACACCAGAGUCACCUUCGCUUUUGACCUGCUGAAGGGGAAGCCGGUGAAUAUGACCUUUGACUUGAGGGCUCCAGGUGGGGUCCUGGCGAUGCUCUCCUACAGCCCGAAAGACCGACACCUGUAUGUGUGGGACCAGGGCUACGUCAGGCUCUACGUGGUCCACUUCAUUUCUGACGAGUGAAAACGGUCUGAAUGUGACGGACAACACGAAGACAUGACUGUUAAAUAGUGAGAGCAAAAUGCCUGCUGACCAACAACUAUUUACUUCAUCUUUGGAAACUGGUCCUAUAUGGGGUUUCAAGAAAAAUGUAGACAUCAGUCUUAACGUUGUAUACCUGUAGAACAUUGUUGUCAAUAAUCGUUUUUUUAAAUUAGAGGGGACAUUUUAUGAAAACACAUUUUUCAGUGUUUUGCAAAUUACAUUUGGUCAUCUGGAGUGCCUACUAAACUGUCAAACCAAGUCAGUUUCUGGGAAAACAAUUCAGAAUCCAAUAAUCCAUUCAGUUUUGACUCUCCUUUCUCUGUUUCACCCAGGCUCAUCAGAAUAUACUGGCCCCAAUCUUAAUAAAAACAGUAUUUACACUCUUCUGCUUAGAUACUGAAAAGCCAAAUCAGAGAAGAAAAGGCUUUUCAAGAGGGGGGCUUGAAGAGACAGGCGCAAAGACGAUGCAAUUCAGAUGUAAGGUUAAGACAGAUAUAUUUCAACAUAAUGACAAAAGGAAGGUUUUUUUCAACAUUAAGGCAUGUAAGCAUAUUCUAGUAGAAACCCAAAAUAAUUCAUCUAAAAAUAAGCAUGAUACACCCCUCUUAAGGUCAAUAAUUAUUGUGCUUUUGUCAAAAAUCUAUGUAUACAUAAUGUGUAUCCCUUUUGCGAUAUACAUGUAAGUCUUUGCAGUUACUAAGUGUGAACACUUUUUCUCAGUUUGUAUCAAGUCGUUUUUUCUACAAAACAAAAUUACAACUCAAACUUUGAAGCCGUAUGUCUUGUAAGUUGCUUCAAUAUUUUAUUUAUUUGCAUGAUUUUUAUUUAUUUUUAUAAAUGCACGUUAUCCCCAUGUACAUAUAGACACCUGCCAUAGCUUAUUCCUCUUGAAAGGAAGUCAAAAAACAACAGCGCCAAAUCACCCUGAUGAAAUAAAAAGAAUUUAUUCACUUUACAAAGGUAAAACUCUGACCAUGACCUGUUCUCUCACACACCUCUAGGCUCAAGUGCCCUAGUAAGCGUCUACCCAUGAUAUUGGCUUCUUUUGCAUUAUUACAUGCACACACACAUACACACCAGACACCAGUAGGACCAUUGGUAAAACACUUAAGCUACAUACAGUACACAUAGUGGGUCGAAAGAGGGAGAGAAACACAAAUCUCUUUAAUAAAUACCAUAGAUACACUUAACAAAAGUUACAACUAAUCCAGCUGGUAUGAUACAAACCAAAAAAUAAAGAAAUGCUUUCAUGUUUGUACAAGCUGUUGUGGUAUUUCAUAUAUAUAUAUAUAUAUAUAUAUAUAUAUAUAUAUAAAUAUAUAUAUAUAUAUAUAUAUAUAUAUAUAUUUAUAUAUAUAUCAUUUAUAUAUUAAAAUCUCAAACGUUUUACUACUAGGCCAAAUAAAGCCAGACAUUCAUUUGUAUACAACCAUUUCUUCUUCAGUAUCCUAUUUAUUUGAAAUAAAC